AGAAUUUAGAACCACGCAGAUAUAUAACUUCGAUAACUUGAUUCAGUCCUUCGUUCAGCGGUGAAUAUUCUUGAGAACCGAAAAAGAAGAAGUCUCAUUCGGUUAGUCCAAAAAAUUGAACAUCUUCAACAACCUUGCUUCAAUUCACAGUUUCACUUCUCACAUAAACAAACAGCAUGCACGCGCUUUAACCUUCAAUCGAAACACACUCUCACUCGAUCAUUUCCUUCCCUCACGCUUUUCUCAUUCUUUUCCCUCCCCCUCUCUCUCUCUCCGCGGAACCCGCUUCCUUGUCUCAAAUUCCUAUUUCCUCUAUUAUUCUCUUCUUCUUCUUAUAACACAAAAAAUAUGAAAUAAAAUGUUCCAUUCCUAACCCACACUCUCUUCCAAACUCAACCGAUCCCUCUUUUAUAUUUUUGGGAACCAAAACGAUGCCGUUUCCGUGGAAAAAGAAGAAGAGUCCGGUUACCCGAAUUUCUCGAAUCGUCGCCGAUUUUCACUCGCCAAAACGCGGCUCCUCCCUUGUCGUUCAGACCGGUUUCCCUACCUCCCUCAUCGAUCUCUUCGUCAAGAACCGGAGCCGCUUCGCCCGAACCAAGAAACGGGCUCCACCCGAACAAAUCUCCGAUCCACGGCCGCCACCUCCCUCUCCGGCCGUCACACCUCCGCCUUCGCCACCUAUCCUCCCCCCACACGCGGAGUCCCCGCGGCCAGACGCCGCAAUCCAAGAAGAAAUCAAGGCGGCGGCGGACGGUGGUGCUGGAGCGGGUGAGGUAAUAGAAUUCGGGUCGGGGAAUAGAGUUGCGGCGGGUGUUGCGGUGAUUGCGUGCGUUGAGAGAUUAACGGUUGGGAUUACGGUUUCUUCUUUGGCGCUUCUAUUUCUGGAGUACGCGGCGAAACGCACCGUUUCGUGUGCUUGGUUCCAAAAGAAGAAUAAGAAAGAAGAGGAAGUAGUGUGUGAGGUGGCAAAUUUUAAGCGGGAGUUCUCCGAAUCGAGGUCCGGUUGUGAUGAAAUUGAAUCUGUGGAGACAUUUGGGCCUGAUUUGGGCCUUGUCGGUAAAGGUGGGAGGAAGGGUAGAACUGGUAAUUUGAAGACGAAGUCGAUGAUGGUGAAGAAGCUAAUGCUGGAGAAGUUUCGUAGGUCUAAGAAAGAGAAGAAGAUUGAGUCAGCGAGUGCGGUGGUGGAAGAAGAGAAGUUGGUGAUGAGUUUUGAUAUUGAAGAGGAAGAAGAUGAUUGUGGUGGAAACACUACUAAAGAAUCACCGUCAAUGGUAAUUGAGGUGAAGGAAAUUGGGGGUAGAAUUGGGAAUUCAUCAGGUUACAGGAUUCUAAUAGUGAUUGUACUUGUUGGGCUUCUUGUUGGUCGAUUCGAGGCACUGAUACUCAUAAUGUUAUGGUGUUUGGUGGUGGCGAUAGUUAAAAGUCUUUGGAAAUCGAAGUCACGGAAUAUGAGUGUGCCAUGGCUAUGAAUCCAUGGAUGGUUUGUAAUUUCAAAUGUAAAUAGAUAUAUAUAGAUACUAAUCACACUGAAUACAUUCUUUGUUUUUAUGGACUAAAAUUUUGUUCUUAUGCAACUUGCAAUCAAGAUCUCUUGUCUAA